AUGGGUCCGAAGAUCACCUAUGGGCAGAACCAGGAGGAUCAGUCCCCUGGGCACCGUGGGCAGAGCCUCCCGACGUCCCCCGCAGGCACCCAGCGGGCCCGGACCACCACGCACGCCCUGCUGCAUGUCCCCUACGGGCACGGCGACGGGGAGAAGCUUGACGUUUAUUUGCCUGCGGAUCCUUCUGGAACUUUCCCAGUCCUUGUCUACAUUCAUGGUGGAUACUGGCAGUGCUUAAGUAAGGACGCCUCGGGUUUUGCAGCCCCCGCACUGGUGUCACAGGGUGUUGCAGUAGUGGCCGUGGGUUACAACAUAGCUCCCAAAGGCCACAUGGAUGAAAUGGUGGCCCAGGUGCGGCGCAGCCUCGUCUUCCUGGUGCAGCAGUACUCCCAGAUCAGCGGUGUUUACCUGUGUGGACAUUCAGCGGGAGCUCACUUGGCAGCUAUGGUGUUGUCAACGGACUGGGCAGAAUAUGGAGUGACACCUGACAUCAAAGGAGCUGUUCUGGUGAGUGGUGUGUAUGACCUGGAGCCCAUUUUGCAUGUCUAUGUGAACGAUGCGCUGAACAUGAGUCGGGAAGUCGCCCAGAGGAACAGCCCCAUGCUAUGCCUCACCGGAGCGGUGCCUGCAGCUGCGGCCUGUGAAGUGCUUGUGGCCAUGGCCCAGUACGACUCCCCGGAGUUCCGCCGGCAGUCCCAGGAGUACUGCCAGGCCCUGCGCUCAGCUGGCUGGACUGUCUCGCUGUUGGAUCUUGCUGGUGUGGAUCACUUUGACGUCAUUGAGAAGUUAUCGCAGGACAGCUAUAUCCUGACUCAGGUGAUUCUGAACAUGAUUUCAAGAGCUUGAUUACAUGUUGGGAGCAAACUGGAGGUGAGAUACAUCCUGCCCACAGCCCCAUUCCAGCCUGCUGGGUCUCCUCCUGCAGCACAGGAUGUGAUUACUGUCUCUGAACACCUCCGUGUGUGCUGCCUGGGACAGAUGUGCCUCUUCCACUGCUCCCAGUCUACAGCCAGGCAGGGGGGCUGCUUGGAGCAGGAAAGCCCUAGUUAUUACCAGUACUCUCACCUGUGCUGACAUUUGUUUUCUGAGGUGCUUCUGUGCUUUGGGAGUGUUGCCUGUUCUUGCAGCAGGGCUGGCAGGCCUGCAGUGGGUCUAUCUGGAAGACUGAAUGAUAAAUUUUGUUCUCUUGGCUUCCUCCAAACUACUUAUUGCAAAUGUAAAAAUAAAUAGGAAUAACUGCU